ACUUGGCAAAAACAGACUUCCAGAAGUGGAAAGACAUUUAACCCCUGUUCUUGUCAGUCCAUUCCUCCUGGGGCUCGGCAGCAGCAACCCCUUGCUUCAGGUUAAAGGAAGAACAAGGUGACUAUUGCAGACCUGAAGGGGACUUUGGGGCACCUGAAGAAGAGGACCGGUCCAGGAUUUGCCUUCAGGCUUGGACUCCCAAAUCAAAAUAGCAGGCUCAGCCUGCCAAGACGAUGACAGUCACUUAUUCCAGCAAAGUAGCAAAUGCCACUUUCUUUGGAUUUCACAGAUUACUCCUAAAGUGGAAAGGCAGCAUCUACAAAUUGCUGUACAGAGAAUUUAUUGUUUUUGCUACUCUUUACACAGCGAUAAGUGUAUUAUACAGAUUUUUUCUUACAGGUAGCCAAAAACGGUUCUUUGAAAAGUUAUCAAUUUACUGUGACAAAUAUGCUGAACAAAUCCCAGUAACUUUUGUGCUUGGUUUCUACGUUACUUUGGUGGUGAAUCGCUGGUGGAACCAGUUUGUGAACUUGCCAUGGCCAGAUCGUCUGAUGUUCCUCAUCUCUAGCUGUGUCCAGGGCAGAGAUGAAUAUGGGCGCUUGUUAAGGAGGACUCUCAUGCGUUAUGUGAAUUUAACAUCUCUGCUCAUCUUUCGCUCCGUGAGCACAGCUGUGUACAAAAGGUUCCCCACCGUGGACCACGUGGUUGGAGCAGGUUUUAUGACAAGAUAUGAAAGAAAAAUUUUCGAUGACCUGAAGUCUCCCCACCUGAAAUACUGGGUUCCAUUUGUCUGGUUUGGGAAUUUGGCAUCAAAGGCACGAAAAGAGGGGAGGAUUCGAGACAGUGUAGAUCUGCAGACACUGUUGAACGAGAUGAAUAAGUACCGGUCUUGGUGUAGUCUUUUGUUUGGUUAUGACUGGGUUGGAAUUCCACUGGUCUAUACCCAGGUUGUUACUCUCGCAGUCUAUACUUUUUUCUUUGCCUGCCUGAUAGGGCGCCAAUUUUUGGACACUGACCAAGGGUAUCAGGGACAUGACUUAGAUCUUUACAUUCCGAUCUUCACGCUGUUACAGUUCUUCUUCUAUGCAGGAUGGCUCAAGGUUGCUGAACAACUUAUUAAUCCAUUUGGAGAAGAUGAUGAUGAUUUUGAAACUAACUGGUGCAUCGAUAGGAAUUUACAGGUCUCACUUCUGGCAGUGGAUGAGAUGCACAUGAACUUACCAAGGAUGGAGAAAGAUAUUUACUGGAAUGACUCCUCUGCCCGGCCACCUUACACAAAAGCAGCUGCUGAUUACUGUAUUCCUUCCUUUCUUGGAUCGACUAUUGAAAUGGGGCUGGCUGACACUGAAUUCCUCUAUGGAGAAGAAUGGCCCUGGGAAGAGGAGAAACACCGAAGGCAACGGUCAGUGCUGAGAAGAGUCAAGAGAUUCCUCAGUGUCCAUGAGGGCCCUUCACCUCCAGCCCAGCGGCGCUACAGUCGGCAGACAAGUGAGAACUCAGUGUUCUUCCCAGCAGAUGAAAAGGGGCACAUCAGGCGCCUGCAGGAAAUGCACACAAGGGGCAGAUACUCCAGCUCGAGCUUCAAGAAGAAACAUGAAGGACUUGACAGAAACAACAGACUUCACAGUAGCCGAGACCUAGGACCCAUAACUGAAACGUCAAGGAAGGAGGCACCAUUUGGCGACAGUGACACCUCAUCUGAGACAAACAAACCAGUUCCUGAGGUCAUCAUCUCUGAAGCUGAGGAGGAAGCACUUGAUGUGCUGGGCAAACCAGAUCCACAAACAGGGCGCAACACAAACAUGCCAGAAGAGAAGCUCCAAAGGAGCCUAACUGAGACAAAUGUGAGUCUUCUGGACGAUCCUUUUUUCCCCCCAGAAGUCACUACAUACUUCCCAGGCUCUGAGGUGCAUCAGUCACUUCCCACUGUGAUAGGGGAGCCCAAACGUGAACCCUAUGUUAGUAACUUAGCCGGUUUCAUAACGGAUCAGGAAAGAAACAUUCAGCGAUGGAGUUUACCGAGCUUCCAUAGUCAAAAUACAACAUCAAAUGCUGACACUGCUCCACCUUUAACAGAUUCGGAGACAUCUUCACAGCAAAGAAUCCCCAGUGAUGGAAAAAAUGUUACUUCUGCUGCUGCUCCAGAGAUGUUUGAGAUGCAGCACCUGUGGGAAAACCUGGAUAGUAAAGAAACAGCCAUAGUGGAAUUUUCUAAUGAGAAAAGUGAAAGAAAACUUUGACCAUGCUUGCUCUGGGUUUGACUGAACUUCUCGUCCUCUCUCGCAAGUGGUUCUCACACGGGUUUGCUGAAAGUGCGAAGGGCAGAACACAACACUCACACAAAUCCUAAGCAAGAGGAACUGGGCACCCAAAGAGAAUGCACUAUGGUGACAUGCUUUAAGCCACUUGGUUGAAUCUGUGACCUUGUAGGUAAAACUGUAGGGAGCCUCAGGAGUGAAUGCAAGCUAGCUAGCACACAUGGCAGCGAGCUGUGCAGGCUCACCCACUGAGUUGCUCAGGAAAGCAGAGGUGGCUCUUCUGUCCACUUUGGAUCCACACUUAACAAUGGGACCUUUGGCCGCUCCUUCAUAUUAAGGCCCAUGACAUCUCUGUAAGAUCUACCAACAGUUUCAGUUUCCACUCAAGUGGCUAGAAGGGGAGGUGUGGGCUCAAUGCCCUCCUCAGCCUGGAGAGAUUCAACCCACCAUCUCUGCCUGCAGGAAUGCUUGAAAAAUCAGUCUCCCCACAUGUGUGGGGCAAAAGCCCCCCCUCUCCUGCUGAAGCUGUGCCACUGUAAAGUGGGGAAAUAAAAGGAUUAAAUGUUUAACUUCAUUAAGAAAGAUGGAAGAGGCAAAACUGUUUAUGAGCUCCUUGGAGCAUGUAUACGUUGUACCUAAUGGCUGUUAAUUGUAAAAUGCUGCUCCCAUGUGGCCUCCUUGGUGAUGCCAGGACUGUGGAUCUCUCUCAAGAGGUGAUGGAGCUGCAGGAGCAACUGAACUUAGGACUCCACUCUUGCAGAGAUCCUCAGAUGGAAGGCUGCAGAUAUCCCAGGUAGACAAGUAAAUGGCCCAGGACCGCUAGCAAAAACUGAUCUCUGCUUCCUUCCCUGGUCUGCUCCCACACUGCCCAGAUGUAUCACACAUGUCUUCCAUUAACCCAAACCUGAGCCAGUAUUAGGUGGUUCCUGCUGCUCCAGGGAUGGCUAAGCUACCUCCCUGAACCUCCUGGUAGCAACCUGGCCUUUCAGCUGCCCUUCUACAAGAAGUCUCAAAGCAGGCCCUGAAAACAGCGGCAGUUCUUUGGUUUCAGCUCUCAUCCACAUCUACACAAACACUCCAGAGCAUGAGGCCAGCAUUCCUCCAUGAGUGAGCAUCCAAAUAGAUGGUCUCACUAGACAAGGGAGAGGCCAGGUAGCUCAGUGGCUUGGAGGAACAGAGGGAGAGGAGAUGCAGGAAUGAUGGGACUGCAGCAGCCAGCAAGUGGUAUGGGCUGUGUGGAUAGCCUGUCUACCCAGCAAUCUUGCUCAGAAAGUUGCACUUCAAGCUACAAACCAGGGUUUCUAUCAGGAUAACUGGUAGCAGAAGUGGCUGCUCAGAGUCUUCAGGACCCCCUGAACCUGGGAUAGGAAUGAACAGAUUUGCUUGCUCCUGCUCCCCUGGCCAAUUUCUUAAGUGAAGAACCCCUCCAUUAAGGCUGUCACAUAGCGCAGGACUCUGCUAUUCCAUCUGUGUAGGCCUGGGAGGGGAAAAAAAUCAACCACUCUCCUCACUUCUACUUCUUCCAGCUUUGUUUCAGUCUGGGAACUGCUGGUGUGUUUUAGACAUGCUCUGAGCAGUGUCUCCCUUUCAAAUCCUUCAAAGACACUAGGCAAAAGCACACAUAUAAGUUUAGGAAGCAGAAGACACUUCUUAGCCCUAGGAAGAGAUGUUUAAGCUCGGAUAAUGGGAAUUCCGGGUGUGCAGAAAAGCCAAACACAGAUUUCACAGGCACUUACAGAGGCACUUCUCCAUGCUGUGGGAUGAGGUGGUGCCAGUGUCUGACAGCAGCUGAGUACUGAGAUUCAAACACAGUUUUGCACUAAGGCGUUCUGGUGCAACCUCACCCUUGCCACCCGCAACAAGUCCUCAGGCAAAUCAAGUUGUUAUGGUCAGGUUUGGCCAACAGAAUGAGAGCUUCAGCAAAGUGAAAUGAUAUUGAAAUAAACAGCACCUUAACCGAGCAGUCUGAUUCUUUGGGUGGCUGUUACCAGGUAAUACCAGCUUCUGGCAGCAUCCUCUAGCUUUUCAGCCAUCAGAGCCCUGGACUGCUGACUCUCCCCACAGAAGAGGACUCUAUCAGCCUGUGACAGUGGUGAAAACACAUAGCUUUCCCUUCCUUACAUCAGCAGAGAAAAAAAGGUAUUCUUCCAGCAUUCACUCUUUCUUCCCUAUUCUCUAUUUUUUCUUUGAACCAAAGGGACACUUUUCAAUUCAAUUUUUUCUCAGUUUAAUUGCAUCUGCAACUUUAAAGGAACUUCAUUUACCAGUGAGCUUAACUUUAAGAAACAGUAAAGUUUAAGUAUAAAUGAUACCUUUUAUAAGUCUCACACAGCUAGACACAAAGUUAAAGCAACUGCUGUUCUCCUUGAAACCCUCCUCUAUAGAACUUUGUUAAAUUCAGGAGAGCAAUACAAGUUUUGAAGGAGUUUGGCCAUUCUCCCCCCAGAUGUGCAUGUACAGGAACGAUUCUCAGUCGCUAUAGAGGAAGUCUGCCCUGUUCUCUAGCUGUGUCCUCACAGUACGCAAGCUUGAGGAGCUGUGCUUCUCUCUGUAAGGGAAUUUCAGCAGGAAAAGAGAGAUAACCAUAAACUGUCCAAUACAAACCUGCACUGAGGGUCCAGUCCCACUACAUCUCCUUACUCUCUUCUCUCACCUUACCUUCGUCCAGGGCUUAAGGUGUUGGAGCAAAUUGCUUAUCCUCCCCAGCCCAGACAUCAGCGUAUUUCAUGAGGCAGUGCUAAGCCUGAAGAAGCCAUCUCAGCUUCACAUCAUCCAGCUCUGCUUAUCUUCCAUCACAUUCUUCUCAGCCUAGCCGCUACCUGGGACACUCACUGCUGCUUUCCAUCAGGACAUUAUGCAUCUUAUAAGCAAUGAUUUUGCUACCUCUGCCAGCACUCACUGGCCCAUCAACUAUGUUUGUUCUUCAGUAGAGGGUAAGAGUAACCACACCAUAGCUAUUAGGAAGAUAAAAGCUUCAGUUAAGUCCCAUAGAGGUGUCUGUUAGACAUGUAGACACAUUAAAUUAGGAAUGACUGCUCUGUGAAGUCCCACAAAUGUAAUCUGCACUACACAAAUAGCACUGUGCACGUAAUGGGCCAGCUCCAGGUUAGCUGCAAUAUUCUGUUUGUUGCUUGCAAAGAAGCUAGUGCUGGGAGGACUUACCAGAAGAGAUUUUGUCUCCUCAUUUAGUCUGUUAUCCCACUUUUGCAAACAUCCACAGGCUCUGAUUUUGGGGUUCUGUGCUCUGUUAGGCACGUCUCUCAGUACACUAUUCGCCUCAGCAUGGUAAAUUUUAGCAAGCCCAACAAUUUACAGUUCAUGUUCACUUAUAUAAACAAUGUCGAAUUACUGCGUGAAUAA